AUGAACAGAACCCACAUCAACUAUACGCUCCACAUCCAUCUCAGCGGUAUCUUCUUUGGCUGGCAUCGACGUUUCGUCUGGCUGUGGGAGAAAGCCCUGCGUGAGGAAUGUGGCUACCAGGGCCAUCAGCCAUACUGGAACUGGGCACUAUCCGCCAAUAACUUAUCUGCGAGCCCACUCUUCGAUGGCAGUGAUACAUCCUUGUCAGGGGAUGGGGAACCGCUUGAGAAUCGCAACGAAACGAUCACUCUUGCACCGACGAACGUUACGAUCCCGAAUGGCUCUGGGGGCGGAUGCGUCACCAAUGGACCCUUUGCCAAUAUCACUCUCAACCUCCCCGACUUAGACUCGGCCUCGGGCGAUGUCUUCCCCAAAAACGCUUUCGCCUACACGCCGCGCUGUCUCACCCGGAAUCUCAACAGCUUCAUGGCUCAGGAUUUUACCAGCCAGACCGAUGUUGACCGACUUUUGUCAUCUCCUGACAUUGUGACUCUACAGCAGUACAUGGACGUCAGUGUAUGGCCGGAGCUACGCGAAGCCGGGAUUAUGGGUGCUCACCCGGCAGCUCAUAUGCAGCUUGGGCGGGCAAUGGACGACUUCUGGACGGCGCCCCAGGAACCUGCCUUUAUGCUUCAUCAUGCGAUGGUGGAUCGGGUGUGGACCUUAUGGCAGGCUCAGGAUGUGAAGAACCGCCAGUAUGCGCUGAAUGGGACCAGUGUGAUGGGAAAUCCUCCCGAUGCGCCCGAAGUCACUUUGGAUACUGAAGUCACAUGGGGCGCGCUGGGACAGAACAGGACCUUACGGGAGCUGAUGAGCACUGAAGCCUAUGAAUUCUGCUAUGAAUAUGCAGACUAG